UAACCUGCCAUCUGAUUCCUAUUGUUCUUUUCUCAUAAGCUUGGUAGACUGCCAAGCAUCAUUUGAGGCAGCAGUGUGAGCAGGUCCAGAGAGCUAAGGAUUGACAUAUUCAAUUGACACCACUGUUUUUCUUUCAUUAAAUGCCCUUGUUUCUCUCUGCUGAAGUGUAACGUGGAUGAGGUGUGAAGAUAUUUAACGUGCUGGAAGUGUAGCAUAGCAACAGGGCAGAGAUAUGAAGCGUCUGCGAGCAAGUCAUCUACAAGAGUCCAGUACUCCAGAUCUAAUGAGCCCCAGCGAGGGAGAGGAUGGGGUGGUCUCAGAACUGGAGUACACUGCAGACCGGGGGAACUGGACUGGGAAACUGGAUUUCCUUCUGUCUUGUAUUGGAUACUGUGUGGGGCUGGGCAAUGUGUGGAGAUUCCCAUACCGCACUUACAGCAAUGGAGGAGGUGCGUUUCUGAUCCCGUAUUUCAUCAUGCUAGGGAUCUGUGGAAUCCCAAUAUUUUUCAUGGAGCUCUCUUUGGGACAGUUCUCCAGCCUGGGACCCCUGGCAGUAUGGAAAAUCAGUCCAUUCUUUAAAGGUGCUGGUGUGGGGAUGAUAGUCAUUGUUUCAUUAGUAGCCAUCUACUACAACAUGAUCAUUGCCUACGUACUCUUUUACCUCUUUGCCUCCCUGACCAGUGACCUACCCUGGCAGCACUGUGGGAACUGGUGGAAUACAGAUCGUUGUCUGGAUCACAGAGUCGUUCAGGGAAACAACAGCUCAGUGAAGCUCCCUGGGUCUUCUCUGAAUAUUACAGGCACUGUCAGUCCUAGUGAAGAGUACUGGAGCCGUUAUGUCCUACACAUCCAAGGAAGCUCAGGGAUUGGGAGUCCAGGGGGAAUUAGGUGGAAUCUCUGUCUUUGCCUCCUUUUGGCUUGGAUUAUUGUCUAUCUCUGCAUCCUGAAAGGAGUCAAGUCCUCAGGAAAGGUUGUCUACUUUACAGCCACUUUCCCUUAUGUCAUCCUUGUCAUGCUUCUUAUCCGAGGGGUGACUUUGGAUGGAGCUUGGAAAGGGAUCAAGUUUUACCUCACCCCUCAGUUUGACCACCUCCUCACUUCAAAGGUAUGGAUUGAGGCAGCUCUUCAGAUUUUCUACUCCCUUGGGGUAGGUUUCGGUGGUUUGUUGACCUUUGCUUCCUACAACACCUUCAACCAAAACAUUUACAGGGAUACAUUUAUAGUAACUUUGGGAAAUGCCUUCACCAGUAUUCUGGCAGGUUUUGCCAUCUUCUCAGUACUGGGGUACAUGUCUCAGGAGUUAGGUGUUCCUGUGGACCAAGUAGCUCAAGCAGGUCCAGGCCUAGCAUUUGUUGUGUAUCCACAGGCCAUGACAAUGCUCCCACUUUCUCCCUUCUGGUCCUUCCUGUUCUUCUUCAUGCUGCUUACGCUGGGGCUGGACAGCCAGUUUGCAUUUAUGGAAACAAUUGUCACUGCCAUCACAGAUGAAUUUCCAUUCUACUUAAGACCAAAGAAGGCCUUCUUCUCAGCCUGUAUUUCUAUCAGCAUGUUCCUAAUGGGAUUGAUUCUCACCACAGAAGGUGGAAUGUACUGGCUGGUUCUGUUGGAUGACUACAGUGCUGGGUUUGGGUUAAUGGUUGUGGUGAUAACAUCAUGUUUUGUAAUUUCACGCAUAUAUAGUGUACAGAGAUUUUCUCGAGACAUUAAGAUGAUGCUAGGAUUUGAACCAGGGAUUUAUUUUAAGAUGUGCUGGAACUACCUUUCACCACUCUCCAUGUUGGCUUUGCUUGUAUACAGCAUUGUGAAAUAUGAGCCGUCUGAAUAUGGGACUUACAAGCUCCCUAAGUGGGCAGAGAUAUUGGGUAUUCUCAUGGGCCUGUUACCAUGUUCAAUGGUGCCAACUGGGAUGGUGGUUUCUGUUCUCCGUGAAGAAGGAACUUUGAAAGAGAGAAUUAAACAAGCCAUUAGACCAUCCUUAGACUGGGGACCUGCUCUAGAGGAAAAUCGAACAGGCAUCUAUGUGAACACUCUGCCAGGAAGUCAGUCUCCAAGACCCCUGAUGGUCCACAUGAGAAAGUAUGGUGGAAUCACAUGCUACGAAAAUACAGCAAUAGAGCUGGACAAAGAAAUUGAGAUGGAGGAGGAAUCCAUGAUGUAAAUGUUUACUUGUUCUCUUUAUUUCAACUCAAAGAGGUAAUUCAUGUUCUGACUACAAUUGUUAAUGAAUUUUCUAUGUUUUAAGAAAGAUAAUGUGGUUGUUAAUGAACAUGUAUUAAUUAAUAAUCAACCUUAUUAGUAAUGAAUGGUAUGUUGACAACACAGAUACGAAUAUAUAAUUAUUAUAACUGCACAGUAGCACUGCUAUAGUUAGAGACAGCUGUUAGACUCUUGUACACAUGUACUGUAUGUCUAUGUAUGUUUGCACAAUUUAUAAUUUAUGGUUUCUAAGUCCUUAUGACUUCUGUUGAAAGUCUGUUGAAAGCAGCAAUUGUUCUGUUUACACUGUUGGUACGACAAAACACAUUAUUCAUUGUAAUGGUCAUUUACAACCCUCAAAAUAGUUUAACAUCCUGAAAGAAUAUUAAUUGCUUAAUGUAUGUUAAGUGUCAGUUACAGUAGUGGUUGUUCUUGUUAUUUUUAUGAAGUCAUGGAUUGAUAACUAAAAUUGUCAGGGUGAAAUAGUUACUGUAAUUCAUUUCAUUACUUAUUUUGUUCACUCAAAUACAUUAUACAUUUUGUCAGGGUGAUUUAUAGCUGAGUUUAAGGGGAAAAAAUAAAAAUAUCAACUUGAACAGAUCCUUGUUUCUUUUACACUAUUCUUCACACUUAUAUAGUUCACAUCUACCCCGUAAAUAUUAUGGUUUAGGACUUAGAAGCGCAAAAGCCAACCAUCUGUAUUUAAACAAUAAAUGGAUCAGGUAAACAAGUUGGGGAGCCAAAUAAAUGAUGUACAUGUACAUUAUUCCCUUGUAAAUUGCAGUAAGCUCUAUUUUAAAUUACAUUUUGUUUCUUCAUUUCUUAAGACAAAAAAACUUAAAUUAGUAAUCCAGAUAGUAUAAAAUCAUUGUAUCUCAGUGGGUAUGAAUGCCUACUUAAUUUACAGGUAACAAGUUCUAAAACAAUAUUUGAGUUUUAUUAAGCUCAGCAAAAAUACAGUGUUAAAAAAAUUAUUGUGCUUAAGUUUUCUUCAGUGGGUGUCAUAAAGAUUCAUAAGGUAGCUUCCAAAUAUUUUCAUACCCUUAUAUCAAUAGCAUCAAUCCAUUUUUUAGUAAUUAUCCAUUGCAGGGCACACACAUUCAGAGAUACCAAUUACCUGAAUGGCAUUUCUAUUGAGAUGUGAACUGUUAGAAAACAGUAUGUAGACACACUCUACUAAGUAUAAAAAGAAACUAAUUACUCCACAGCUUCUUAGGAAGAUAAAGUAAUUGGAAUUUGUAAGUUGCGUUUUUAGUGUUUUGAUUAAUUGUUCAUUUUGACCAUGCUUUGACUGCUGCAUAACAACAUGCUAUUUGACAUAAUGAAUUAAUCUGUAUUUGUGGCAGUUCAAAAGUUUCUUUUGAAGCUCAGGGCGUUCAUAAAACACAAGGGCAGAUUCAUGCUUAAAAACGUGAACUUUCAACUGUACAUAAUUUUGAUGCUUAUGACGACAAGCUACAGUACCAAAAAUGCAACUCUAGAAAAAAAAAGGAUGAAAUUCUAGCUGAUAAGUUCAGUAUUAACAAAAGAAGGCACUCUUAAAAAGCCUCAAAAGCUUUUAUAAAAUAUAUUAUUAACUAAUUGUUUAUGUAUAAUUAUAAAAAGAAACUGUACAAACACAGCAUUUACAUUACAAGUCAUUACAAUUUCAAUAUAAUUGGGGGUUGGCGCGAUGUAGUGGGUAAAGCUUUGGCCUCAUAACUGACAGGUCUCUACGUAAGGUAAUUUACACUGAUUGAUCCCAUCAGCCCAGCUAUAUACAAUAAGUGAGGACCAGAAUUACUGGGGUAAUAAUUCCUGAGAUGGCCCAAUAUCACAUCAAGAUGGAAGUCAAUUAAGAGACACCAUUUAAGAUAACCUAGCAUAAGUUUGUGCAGUGGUCAGAUAAUGACACAACACAUCCAGUCUCCACACUGAAGGCUCCCCAGCCUGGAAUCAAGCACAGGACCUGAGAGCUGUGAAGCAGCAGCACUGUCUGCCAUAUCACUACAUCACCUGCUAUGACUAUUGAUUAUAUUACACAAUGUUUUGGGUGGCACAAUGGUGCAGUAGCUUGCAUUGGUGGCUUGCAGCUCUGGGGACCUGGGUUCAAUUCCUGGGCUGCUAACUCCACACAAAUUCUAUGUCCUCCCUGUGUUUGCAUGAGUUUCCUCCCACAAUCCAAAGACAUGCCUUGUAGGCUAAUUAGCAACAGGGAAAAUUGACUUUGGCAUGAGUGUGUGUUCAUGUCUGUGCAGUGAUGGACCAGCGUCCUGUCCAGGAUGUAUCCUAGCUUGUGCCCAAUGCUCUCCCCGAUAGGCUCCGGGCCACCAUGAACCUGAAUUGGAUAAGCAGUUAUUAAAAGCAAUGUGAUGAUGUAACAUGUUUUACUAAUUCUUUUUUUUUGUCUUAAGUUCUCACAUUUUUCGUUUUAAAUUAUAUAAUAUCAAACUGAAUUGUGCGAUCGCUUCAUGACAUUGUGAAAUGGUUUGGAAUUUCUCUUUCACUUAUGCAUCUAAAACAAACAAAACUUCCUAUAUGUGCAUCCCUUUCUUGUUAGACAUGGCACAUGUAACCAUUCUGAAGAACUAAAAUAUGGCAAUAUUGACUUUGGCUGUUACUUCAGUUUCCUAAAAAUGCUCACUGGUGUUUAUAGGAGGUGAUGACUCCUCCUAGGACGUUUACCCACAAAAUCUACUUGUGAUCAUUUCCUUCCCAUUAAUCUGUUACUGUAUUUUAACUGUUUGUACAAUAAAAAUGUGAAUAUGAG